CUGUCGUUAAAGCCGGAAUUAAAAUGUUGGCUACUCUUGUGACACACAAUCUACAAAUGACUGACUUCUAUGAGAAGAAGGCGGAUAUAGAUUUUGCCACACGUCCUUCGUACAGAAACAGAGAACAGACCGACAACUUUGACAUUGUGAAUGUAGACAAUCUCCCGCAACAAGCUCUCGCUAGCAUGGAUUGUGGUGUGUAUGUGGCAGCCUUUGCUGAAUACUUGAGCUCAAGUGAAGUCAUCCCAACCGAAUUCAAUGCAAAGUUAUUCCGUAUGAGAUACAAUGCCCUUUUAUGCGACUAUGCAUGGGAUAAGUCAAACAACAAUGCAUCAAGUGAUAACGAGCAGCCUCCAAGACCAAUUAGACCGGCAGUUGAUUACGAUGCAGUUGAUAAAGAGGAUCUUGAUUAG